CUUACCAAUACCCAUACACCCAAGGAAAUAUGUCAAUGCCCCCAACACCUACAACACCAUAUUCAUGGGAGACAACAGAACUCGACAACGACAUCCCAGAGCAACUUGAUCACCAUCAGCCUGUUCAACACGCUUUGAAUCCACAGCAACAGCCUCAAAAUGUAUACGCCACGUCACAGCAUAUGAUUGAGCUUCAAGAACACGUACCCAUUGUUCCAAGUCAACGCAGAAGUGAUGUCCCACAGCACUUGCAUGCAUCAUCAACGCCAGGACCUUCUUCAAGAAGACAGAAUGUCAUGUCUGGGUCCCAAGAAAUGAGACCUCACAUAUACGUUGAUACGACGCGUCAUAUGGCAGCUAGCACUAGUCCCUCUUCUGGCCCACCAUCUGCCAGUGGUGUGCAUUCAGUGGGACCAGUGCGAGCGAAAACAUCGCCCGCACACAAUACGGUGCAUCCAUAUCGUCGCCCCCAGAGUGCGAACCCAAGACGAGAGAAUCAAUCAAAUCCACCUGUGAGACAUACAAGUAGCAGUUAUGCACCGGGUCCGUCGAUGCCAGCAGCCCAAAUACCCGCCCCUGCCUCAUUACACAGGACCGGCAUCAUCAGCCCAUCCCACAUCAUCCCACCCAUACCAUCCAAUACGACUUUUAUACCCAGAGCCGAUUACUUCUUUUGCAGCGAGAGUAGAGUGACCACAGCAAUGUUUGAACUUCCAGGAGUGAAGAAGAGCGACCUGAAGAUCGAGUUGUCAAGAUGCCAGAAUGGUGUGAAACAAGUAUCAAUCACAGGAGAAUCCAGACAGCCACUUCCAGACGGUCUGAUGGCGCUCAAAGAACGAAAGUAUGGCAAGUUUCGUAGGAUACUUCCCGUUCGUCAUGAUACCAAGAAGGAAGACGUCACCGUCGCUUUAGAGGACGGUGUUCUUAUUCUUCGCAUACACCUGGGGCCACCGCUCCAGCCUGAGGAGUCAGAAAUAAUCCCUAUACCAUGAGUGAGCCUGACUUCAAGUUCUAUCCAAAGUCUUCCAUCGUGCGCCAAUUUUUCCGGCAAGAGCAAUACGACGUCUGAUACCUUCAAGUUGUUUUAUCCGCCUUGCUAACACAUCUAGCUUUGAAAAAUAUGCAUACACUUGCACUGUCGACUUGCUUUGAUCAUUCUGCUGUCACCGUUCUGCCUUGAAGUUCUCAGAUCCGUAACGAUUGUUACAUUUUGGCUUCCAUAGUCUAGUAUAAUACACAUACAUAUUUCACACUCACUGUAGCAACAUAGUAGUAUGUUUCUUGUGAUACCAUAUAGUUAUAUCUUGAUAUCGAUGUUUUAUGUACCGCUUGAUGGUCAGCUUAUACGCGGCCAAUCGCAAUCGGC